AUGUCGGGUUGGGGUAACUUUUUUAAUGUGUUUGAUAACGAGGCGAAUCAGGGGAGUUAUGAUAACAAUGAAGAUAACAAAGCGGGCAUGUUUGAUCUGAAUGCUCCGUUCGAUCCCAUUCUUGCGUCUGAUGCAGGUCAGGAUAGUUGGGGUUUGGAUGCAAUUCAGCCUAAUUAUGCUGGUUAUUAUCCAUCGCAACACCCGGUUAAUUUUGAAGCCCCUCCUGUUAGUUUUGGACCACUGACUGAUAGUUCUCAGUCUCCUCCCAUAAGUGAUGGACCGCCGGAGGGUCCAAAUGCUGACCAGGAACGUAGUGAGUUUCAAAACAAGCAGGGUAGCGGUCAGCCGUUAAAAAUCUGGCUUACGUGCGAUUGUGCCGGCGAGUACAAAUCAACAGCCACGGUCAGACGCAGCGGGACCAGGAAAACCGGUUGCAAGUUCCAACUGAUCGGGGCAUACAAAAAGAGGUUAGGUUAUUGGGAACUAAAGGUUGAUGAAGCUAAACAUAACCACGAACCAUUUCUGUAUCCAGAGGGUCAUCCGUCCCUAAUGAGGCUGACUCCAUCAGAAGAGAGGACGGUGGAGCAAAUGACGCAUCAGAACAUAAAACCACGAGACAUUAUUGUUGCCAUUAAAGAACAAAACCCCCAUAAUGUCUCAACAAGAAACACCAUAUACAACGCUCGGGCCAAAUUGGGUCGAAUGGAACAAGUCGGCGAGACUCCAAUGCAGAUACUUUUCGACCGGUUGGGGAAGGUUGGGUUUGUUUUUUACCAUAGAACAUCUCAAAAUGGCGAACGGGUCGAGGAUGUUUUCUUCAUCCACCCAGAGUCGAACAUGUUGUGGCGCGCCUUCCCGCAUGUGUUGCUUAUAGACGCCACCUACAAGACGAAUCGGUACAAAAUGCCGCUAUUCCAGAUUAUCAGCGUUACAUCCACGUUGAUGUCGUUUUGCAUUGCUCAUGCGUUCGUAAGCAACGAGAAACAGGAAAACUUCACAUGGGUUCUAUAG